AUGACUCUCCAUCAAUACGAUUACGUCUUUGCCAUCGGCACCUUCUUUGCCCUGCUUGAUGCUUUCAACAAUGGUGCAAAUGAUGUGGCCAACUCUUGGGCCACCAGUGUCUCCUCCAGAUCUAUCUCGUACCGACAAGCCAUGAUCUUCGGUACCAUCUUCGAAAUGCUUGGCGCCAUCACCGUCGGUGCUCGUACUGCUGACACCAUCAAGAACGGCAUUAUUCCCAACUCUGCUUUCCAGAACAAUGCUGGUGUGCAGAUGCUUGCCUUUACUUGCGCCCUGGCUGCCGCUUCCUCUUGGGUUAUGUGGUGCACUCGUCACUCUGCACACGUCUCAUCAACCUACUCUUUGAUCUCUGCAGUCGCUGGUGUUGGUGUUGCCACCGUUGGUGCGUCAAAGGUCCAAUGGGGCUGGAAUGAUGGAAAGGGUCUUGGUGCCAUCUUUGCUGGCCUGGGUAUGGCCCCGGUCAUCUCUGGUGGUUUUGCUGCCAUCAUCUUCAUGCUCAUCAAGUUGGUGGUGCACAUGCGCAAAAACCCAGUCCCCUGGGCUGUCUACACCUCACCCGCCUUCUUCCUCAUUGCCGCAACCAUCUGCACGCUGUCCAUUGUUUACAAGGGCUCGCCUAACUUGGGUCUCGGCAAGAAGCCUGCUUGGUACAUUGCUGCUGUGACCAUGGGAACCGGUGGUGGUGUUGCUCUCCUCUCAGCAAUCUUCUUCGUCCCCUUUGUCCACGCCAAGGUCAUCAAGAAGGACCCAUCCGUUAAGUGGUGGAUGUUUGUCUACGGCCCUCUUCUCUUCAAGCGCCCUGCUCCCGAGCAUGCUGAACGUGCCAACGUUCCCGACUACGCUGUUGUUCAGCAUGACUCGGAAUUUGACGAGUCUGUCACCAACUCUCCCAAGUUGACUGCUGAGGAUGGCUCCGGCAAGGAACAUGGUGUCAUGUCUACCUCUGAGGCUCAUAAGGGACAGGAGAAGAGCCUGGCCAACCUCGAGGCUACCCAGAAGUCUUACAAGGAACUCAUGGCUGAAGGCGAAGCCCGAUUCAACGCCAGGUUGAUGAAGAAGCGCGGACCCUUGGGCUGGGCUAUGCGAACCUUGCGAGACAACCCCAUGGGCGCCGGCCAGAUCUACGAGUUCCACAACAUCAAGAUCUUGGCCAAGCGUCUUCCGGCCAUCGUCGUCUGUGGUCUUUUGUAUGGUCUUCACUAUGAUAUCCACGCUGCUCAGACUGGUAUUGAGGGUACCCCUGAAGGUGAACGCAUGAAGCGCGUCUACGCUGCUGCUGAGAAAUACCCUAACGAGGUUGAGCAUACCUACUCGUUCGUUCAGGUUCUCACUGCCUGCACUGCUUCCUUCGCUCACGGUGCCAACGAUAUUGGUAACUCUGUCGGUCCCUGGGCCGUUAUUUAUGGUGCUUGGAAGACUGGUAACGCUGCCCAAGCUAAGGCUCCUGUUGAUGUCUGGCAGCUGGCAGUUCUCUCUGCCACCAUUUCUCUUGGUCUUAUCACCUACGGCUACAACAUCAUGAAGGUCAUGGGCAACAAGAUUACCUACCACUCCCCUAGCCGUGGCAGCUCCAUGGAAAUGGGCGCCGCCAUCACUGUUCUUGUCUUCUCUCAGUUCUCCCUCCCUGUUUCCACGUCUAUGUGCAUUACUGGUGCCACUGUUGGUGUUGGUCUUUGCAACGGAACCCUCAAGGCUGUCAACUUCCAGCGAGUCGGACUCCUCUUGUUCUCCUGGAUCAUGACCAUUCCCAUUGCUGGUACACUUGGUGGAGUUCUGAUGGGCUUGUUCCUCAACGCCCCCAAGUUUUAA